AUGGCAACCGCCACAAACCCAACAGGUUAUGGGCCCAGAAGGGGACUACUAUUUAACGGCGAUGAAAGUAAAUAUGAACUAUGGGAAGUAAAGUUUCUGGCGCAGAUGAGGCUACAAAAAUUACACGAUGUAUUUGUGCCAGGUGAUAAAGAACCCGAUGCGUCGAGGAACGGAGAUGCUUUCGCGGAGUUGGUACAAUGCCUAGACGACAGAAGUUUGGCGCUAGUUAUACGCGAAGCAAAAGACGACGGGCAGAGAGCAUUGGAGAUAUUGCGACAGCACUACCAAGGAAAGAGCAAGCCUCGAGUUAUCUCACUAUACACAGAACUGACGACGCUCAAGAAAACGGACAGUGAGAGCAUCGUUGAUUAUGUCAUACGGGCUGAAACGGCUGCGACAGCAUUGAGAAACGCAGAUGAAGCUGUAAGCGACGCGUUAUUGAUCGCGAUGGUGCUAAAAGGAUUACCAAGUAACUUUAAGACAUUCUCGGCGAUAGUUGUCCAACGAGACAAGCAAAUGACAUUUGCAGAGUUUAAAGUCGCACUGCGUAGCUACGAAGAGAGCGAGAAAAGUAGAAACGGUAACAGCGAGACGGGAGAAAAUAUUAUGGCCAUGAAGAACGGCGAGAGAUUUGACGGAGUUUGUUUCAAGUGCGGGAAGAAGGGACACAAAAAGUCUGAAUGUUGGUCGAAGUCGGGAAAGAACGGAAACGGGAAGUGGUGCAGUCGUUGUAGAAACAAAACGCAUGAUACGAAGGAAUGCCGAUCAAAUAUGGGGAGAAACGAUUCUGCGAAGAAAGCCGAAGAUCAAGGAAGAACGAAGACUGAGAACAGUGAGCAUACGUUUACAUUUAAAGUCAGUGACAGUAGUGCCUGUGGUAAGAGUUAUAGUAACAAUCUUUUAGUAGAUACUGGCGCUACUAGCCAUAUUGUAAAUGAUAAAUCUAAGUUUAUAAGUUUUGAUGAAGAUUUUGACCCAAAUGCGCACAUUAUAGAGCUCGCAGAUGGCAGUAAGGCUAAGGUUGUGACAGGUAAGGGCGUUGCGAAGGUUAAGCUAUAUGACGUAAACGGAAGUUCUCAUGAUCUAAUUUUAAAUAAUGCGCUUUAUGUCCCAUCGUAUCAGCAGGAUAUCUUUUCAGUCAAUGCAGCAAUAGAAGAGGGCGCAAGCAUAAGCUUAGAUAAGCAUAACAAGAGUUUUAAGAGCUCGGAUGGUGCAGUUUUUAAUAUUGAACAGGUAGGUCGUUUAUAUUACCUAAACGGUAUUUUAUCUUCCAAGAAUAAUGCGGGUACAAUUUUAGAGUGGCAUAGAAUUCUAGGGCACUGUAAUUUUUCAGAUAUUCGUAAGGUUGAAAAUGUUGUAGAUGGAAUGAAGAUCACUAGUCAUAAGGAAAUGGAAUGUAAAACAUGCACACAAGGUAAUAUGACCCAGUCGAGAAAUAGGACACCUGAUAAGAGAGCCAAUGCCCCAUUUGAUUUAGUUCAUUCAGAUUUAGCUGGACCAAUUAGUCCAGGUGGUAAGGAUGGUUUCAAUUAUGCAUUGUCUUUUGUGGAUGAUUACUCUGGUGUUAUCAUGAUAUAUUUUUAA